AUGAGGUUACGUGAAGCAUGGGACCAAGGUUCCUCCGCCACUAUUCCUUCCCUACCGGGUUUCGAUAAGCAGUUCCACGUUUCGUCAGGAUCCGAUGCUGAGGCGAUUUCGACCUACGUGUCAAUAAUUUAUAUUGGCUAUGCUGUUGGAGCGGCCUUAUCUUUCUUUGUGAAUGACCGCAUAGGCCGCCGAUGGUCAUAUCGACUUUACUCGUUAGUUUUCAUCAUCGGUCAGAUGAUUACGGUGGGCGCCCCGAACAUGGGCGCACUCUAUGCGUCACGCAUCAUCACGGGUAUGGGUAUUGGCUCACUUAGUGUGUCCGGACCCAUGAGCAUAGUUGAGAUUUCUCCAAAGGAGAUUCGUGGUCUGCUCACAGCGAUGUACACGGUGUCUAUGGGCCUCGCCCUGACCGUGGCCAACUUUUGCGUGCUGGGAAUUCAUCGAAAUGUCCCCAGUACCAAUCUGCAGUACCAGAUUCCGGCUUUCUCGGUAGCCAUUUUUAUGGCCCUGUGUAUCUCUGCCAGCUUCCUCAUUAGCGAAUCGCCUAGAUGGCUCAUGAUGGUCGGCCGCAAGGAGGAGGCAGUUCAAGCUCUUGUCGACCUACGACGCAUGCCUGCUGACCACCAUCGGAUUGUCGCCGAAGUGCAAGAUAUCGAGACUUCACUCAUUUUGGACUGGGGCGAUAUUCACGGCAACUCAAGCCUUUGGUUGGUCGCCAAGGAGACUUUCACGGUACCUUCCAAUCUGCGCCGCUUGCAACAGGUUUUAGUUGCGUAUGCGCUAGCUCAGCUUUCUGGCGCCAACUCGGUCACCAGCUACUUCAUACCAAUAAUGAGCAUUUUAGGUGACACCGGAGGCACUGAGAGACAUAUGUUUUUAAGCGGCAUGUAUGGGUUCUCGAAGCUUAUUUUCAGCCUCAUUUCCGCUUUCUUCUUCAUUGACAUUCUCGGUCGUCGAAAGUCGCUUUUCAUCGGCAUCACCGCCCAGAUGAUUUCUCAUAUCUACUUAGGCGUAUAUAUCAAGUUCGAACAGAGUGGCCCUGUUCCAAAUGGGGCGUCGACUUUCGCAAUUGUGGCGCUGUUCAUCCACGCCUUUGGGUAUGCCGUUGGCCUUUUCAUUCUACCGUAUGUAUUUGGUGGCGAGCUCUGGCCUAAUCGCAUCCGUUCAUUUGGCGGAGCCGUGGGCGCAACAUGCCAUUGGCUGUUUAUCUAUGCCAUAAAAUAUGCCUUCCCCGAGAUUUUGAGCUCGAUGAACAACUGGGGUGCAUUCAUAUUUUUCGCUGGCUGGUGCUUCUUGGGCCUGCUUUACACCUAUUUUAUUGUCCCCGAGGUUGCCGGUUUGACUGUCGAGGAGAUCGAUAUGAUCUUUCAGGGCCCGUGGUACAACGCCUUUAGACGAACUAAGCGUGGUUCUGUCAUCAAUGGUCUCGAAGAAGGAAGCAUGCAUGACAUCGAGAAGGAAAUCAAGAAAUAG